AUGCCCACGAACAAAGUGCAGUUACAUGGUACACCGAGAAAUCGACUGGUGUCGCCCGCCAUUAGUAACAAUGCCAACACUCAGAUGGAAUCACUCGAGGCCAAUUCCGGGGCCGCAUUUGUGAGAAGGCUCGGUCUGAAAAUUGACCCGUAUAAUGCGCCACGAUUGCAUCUCUUUGCGUGGAAUGCUGGUGAUCGAUUGGCGGGUUGUCCGCCCGGCAGCCGGAGACGGGUUACUAAUAUUCUAACGAAAGCUGAAAUGCGACAUCUGGCAUUGAUAUACUUUGAGAAAGUAGCUUAUGCUUAUGGAUUCAUUGAUAGUGACGUUUUCUUCCACCAUCUUGAAGAACGAUGGGGGACAACAAGCCCGGCAAAAGUGGGCGAUGAUACGUAUGACCCAGUGUUUUGUGGAGUAGCAGCGUUGGGUUUGUUAUUUUCGCAGAGAUUCCCAUCCGCAUUCGAGCCGGAUCUCGUUGAGACAGCAAGAGCAUUGUUGGAGCAGCAUUCAUUGUCGACGCCGCCCUCAAUAAAUACCGUGACCGGCUGGGUGUUGCGAGUCGCGUAUCUGCGCAUGACUUCGUUGCCGCAUACAACGUGGCUAGCGAGCUGUUCAUUAAUGCAUCUCAUUGAAGCAGCUAGGAUCCAUCUCGAGUCCCCAUCCCGGACUGUCUUUGAGGGGUCCUCGGAAUACGAGAAUAUCGAUCUAGACAUUCGCCGCCGUUUAUGGGGGAUGGCCCAGCACCUCAAUAUCUGGGCUUCCUUUGACCUUGGCAGAACAAAGAUCACAUUAUCUGGUGCCUCAACAAAACCCGUCGCCCCCAAGGCCGGGGAUUAUACAUCUCAACUCCUGGGAUUGAUCCCCCUAACCGAACCAUUAGAUCCCACGAAGACACGAAGCGUCGAAGACCUCGAGGCCGAUCUAAAUCGAGUUCUGGACGAGAAUCGAGAACGACCACCCGUCAUCAUGGCCCAAGUAAAUCUGAUGCUAUGCAUAUUUCGACGUCUCCGAGCUCAAAAAUCGAACAUGUUGAACCUCCAAGCAGAUCGUAUCUUGGCUUUGGUUGUCAAAGGACUACGCGCUGCCCGACAAAUGGUUGCGGAUAGUAGUCCCUGGCAUCAUGUAGCUAACGUCCCGUUUCAGGCGAUCUGUCUAUUGUUGGCGAUUGAUAGCCGCGCCUCGCUGGCACUGUUGGGUGAUGCGAUGAGCACACUAGAACUUGUCGCGAAUACAUGGAAUAACGCCAUGAUGCGAGAAGCAUACAACACAGCCUAUUUACUGAUACUACUGCAUCAGCGACGAAAAGAGGAAGAUGCAAAGGCGCUUCGUGAUGUGUUGAAUAUACAUUCGGCUGCACCAGCUAUCACUCUAAACACCUCUUCUCAGAUCACGGGUGUAGGUAGCCCGAAACAAAAUAAUGGAUAUCAACAACAACAGCAAGCAGCGACGACAAUGCCAGCAACUGAUUCUGCAGAGUUCCUGUGGCUGGAGGAUCUGAUUGCUGACAUGCCGAGUUUGCGCGAGUUUGAUUUGGAGCAGUUUCUUGUACAGGAUGCGAUGCAGCCGCAGGAUUCUGAGGUUGGGACGGGGUUUGGGACGGAUGCGUUGAAUAUUUGA